AAACUCCAUGCUCUUCCUAUCUCACGCUGCCUGUAUAUAAACGCAAGAUAUGUAAUUGCUUCAGGUGACGGCAUCAGAUAUCUUAAUCGGUUUCCUUCCAGGCGACGGCUUCGCCGGAGAAUGGGAACAGAGCAUCGCGGCGGCCGACCGGGAUCUUAUUACGCCGUGCUGGGCGUCCGCCCGGACGCUUCCGCCGGUGAGAUUCGUAGCGCUUAUCGGAAACUCGCGAUGAAAUGGCAUCCGGAUAGAAGAGUGGCGAGGGAGCCAUGGCUGGUGGAGGAGGCCAACAAGAGAUUCCAGCAGCUCCAAGAGGCCUACCAAGUAUUGGCUGAUGAAAGGAGGAGAACGUUGUACGAUGCAGGCCUUUACGAUCCGGUACAAGAUGACGAAGGGGAAGUCGAGGGAUUUCAUGACUUCGUUCAAGAAAUGCUGACGCUCAUGGCCGACGUGAGGAGAGAGGAAAAACAAUACAGUUUGGAGGAGCUACAGCGAAUGUUGGCCGAGAUGGCACAGGAUUUUGCCACGCCGCCAACGCCGCCAACGCCGCCUUAUUGGUUCGGCGGUGGAGGAGCCUCCAGAAGUUCAAAGAGGUUCCACGACGACACGGAUCCGACGGCCACGAGGAAACGUCGCGUGCACGUCUCAAGCGUGGAGGUGUUCGGGAGCACCGGUUACUGGUGAUAGCUCACCCUUUGUGUUGAUCCACUUCAAGUGCCAAUAAAAUCGGCGCAUCGUAGGCAGUAGAUAGCAGGGUUUUUGAGACUUCAAUCUAAACGAACAGUCGGGUUUCUACAGAUGGACAGAGUUCGAGUUCAGACUUGUUUAGCCUUUGUUUGAUGACUUGUUGGGUUGUUUGGAUUGCCUCAAUGUUUGUAUGGUUCGUUGAUUGGUGGUCAGGGUGUGUCAUGCCACCUCACCACUUCUUGAACAGUGAUCUUCUUCCACAGAUCCACAUCGAUUGCAAGUGUUCAAUGGCUAGGUCUGACAUGGGCCCGAGUGCUCUCCCAUCUUAAGCAUUUGACAUUGUUGGUUCUGAGCUUGCUCUAUUGUUGAAGAAUCCUAGCAUGGGAAACUACAAGCACGUUCCCAGCGACAAGGCUCUUUUAUAAUGUGUGGGAGAGUGAGGUGUGACGCAACUUAUCUUUGAAUCUGUGUUUUGCUUGUAUUACCUUAACUACAAAUUGUCGCAUAAUCAAGUGAACGUAGAACAUUUG